GAUAUUCCUCCAUUUAGGAGCCGACCCAAACAAAGCCUGCUUCCAGCCGACUGUUUGCAUGCCUUCCUCUCAACAAUUACCUCUGCAAAAAGCUGUUCCUCAUUUUCAGACCUCAGCUCAGCUCAGCUCACACACACCAAUCCUUCUCUCUCUCUCUCUCUCUCUCUCUCUCUCUUACUACUCCAUCAUAAAACCCCCCCGAGACGACCAAACUGCCAAGCCGACCGAGCUAGAGAGAAAAACAUGACGACGGACGCAGCCGAAAGGAAAGGCGCGAGGCAGAGCCAGGUCGGCGCGCCACCGCCGGAGCCGGAGCAUCUGCCCUGCCCGCGCUGCGACUCAACCAACACCAAGUUCUGCUACUACAACAACUACAACUUCUCUCAGCCGCGCCACUUCUGCAAAUCCUGCCGCCGCUACUGGACCCACGGGGGCACUCUCCGCGACAUCCCCGUCGGCGGCGGCAGCCGCAAGAACGCCAAGAGAUCGCGCACUAAUAUCUCCUCCGUCUCCGCCAACCCCGCCGCCGCCGCCCUCUUCUCCUCCCCUCAUCACGACUUCCGGAACUACCCCGUAGCCGCCUCUCCAUUCCUCGUCCCCUUAGCCACCGCCGUCGACCACGGCGGCGCGACUCCGUUCGCCACCGACGCCAAGAUGUGCGGAAGCUUCACGAACCUUCUGAGCAACCAAGGCACGAGCCUCUUAGCCUUAGGCGGACUCGGGUUCGGGCUCGGGCCUGGACUCGACGAUAUGGGCUUCGGGCUCGGAAGGGCAUUCUGCCCAAUUCCCGGCGUCGCCGAGAACGGAGGCGACGCCGGCGCCGGUAACGUUAUGGGAUCAGGCAUGGUAGGGCACACGUGGCAGUUUGAGAAUGGCGAGGCUGGACUCGUUGCUGGCGGCGACUGCUUCACUUUACCGGAUCUCGCCAUUUCCACGCCCGGAAAUUUCAUGAAAUAGAACAACAACAAAGAUUGUAAUGAAAAUGAAAAUGAAUAUGAUCGAGCUUUCCAUGUCCGUACUGUAAUGUGGAGAAUUAGGUUAGGGGCAAGGCAAUCCAUGUCCGAUAAGUACACCUCAAGGUUUUCCAUGGUCGUUAGGUUUUGCAGUUUGCAUCUUUUCCCUGCAGAUUGUUGAUUACUAAUUAAUAUUUCCAUCCGCCAUGAACA